AUGGUGUCAAUUGAAGAGGAUUUUGAAGAGGGCGACUGGCCGUUUGGAGGAGAAGGCGAACCCGGAGACGUGCAUGUUCCAAGUGGGCCAGCGUGUAUCAAGAUCAGUGAAAUUCUCGCUGCCGCUGAUGAAAACGCCGGCGAAUAUUCUUUUGGAGGGCGAGCGGACACGUUGCUAGCCGCACCUGGCCUUGUCAUCAAGGAAAUCGGGACAAUUGGGGUCCCGCUGGGCCAAGAGCAAGCUGAAAAGCUGAUCGCGAAGUGUGAGAAGUCUCCUUUCGGACACAACUACAACACCAAAAUGGACGAGAACGUUCGUAAAUCCUGGCAGCUGGCACCGGAUCAAGUGGAGAUCACGAACACACUCUGGGCUCCUGGUCUCGAGGAACUCACUAAAACCAUUGGGCAGCGCUUGGGCCACUUGAAUGCUCGCUGUACAAGUUCCUGGUCUACGGAGAAGGCGGCCACUUCGUCAAGCACCAGGACACCGAGAAAGAAGACGGGAUGA